UCAAACGUGGCGGCUGCGAACGAGCAAAACUGUUGAGACUGAGAGAAAAAGAGAAAGAGGAGUGGUCGUGUGUGUGUGUCACCGAACUGUCAAAUAGCUCACAGUUAAUCUAUAAUUAUUUAAUGUUUAUUAAAAUAAUAACAAUACUUAUACUGUACAAUUAAUUAUUUAUUUGUUGUUUUUUCAAUAACGAACUUUAUUUAUCAUAGACAAUAAUAAUAACAAUUAAACAAUGUCGUCGUCGGGUGAUUUUGGUAACCCGUUAAGGAAAUUCAAGCUUGUGUUUCUUGGUGAACAAAGUGUCGGAAAAACGUCACUUAUUACACGAUUCAUGUAUGACAGCUUCGACAACACUUAUCAGGCUACGAUAGGAAUAGAUUUUCUGAGUAAAACCAUGUACUUGGAAGAUAGAACAGUUAGAUUGCAAUUAUGGGAUACUGCGGGUCAAGAAAGAUUCCGUUCUCUUAUUCCCAGUUACAUCAGGGAUUCAACAGUCGCUGUUGUAGUUUAUGAUAUUACUAAUGCUAAUUCAUUUCAUCAAACAUCCAAGUGGAUUGAUGACGUACGGACAGAACGAGGCAGUGAUGUUAUUAUCAUGCUUGUUGGUAAUAAAACGGACUUAAGUGACAAGCGACAAGUUUCAACUGAAGACGGAGAACGUAAAGCUAAGGAAUUAAAUGUUAUGUUCAUUGAAACCAGUGCUAAAGCAGGAUACAAUGUCAAACAGUUAUUUAGAAGAGUUGCCGCAGCUCUACCUGGCAUGGAUUCCACUGAGAACAAACCUCCAGAAGACAUGCAAGAAGUAGUUCUCAAGGAUACACCAAUUGAGCUCAAAGCCUCCGAGAGCAAUUGUUUAUGCUAAAUCAAGAUAAGUCAUAAAUAUAAUAGACAGGCAAUCAGAUUUAAUAAAACUUAAAUUAUUUAAAAAAUAAAAAACAAAAAUUAAAAGUAAUAAUUAUUAAUCGGUGCAUUAACGAUCUGGUCGAUCACUAAUUAAUUAUAAAUAUAAAUAAUAUUAAAUAUCAAGACAGUAUGGUUUAAUAAGAGGUGCACAUAUAUGUGUAAAUUGCUCAUUGACUCUAUUAUUAUUACAAUAACAAUUAACAUAAACAAUUACAAACGUCAAUUCAUUGUAAUUAGAAUUUUUUUUUACAAUCGAUAAUUGCUUGUGUUUAUUUAUUAUCACGGCAUUAUUUAUUAUAUUUUCUUUGGUACUUUCAUUUUUUUUUACUCAUCAACACGGCACUAAUUAUUAAUUAUUAUUAUUAUUAAUAUAUAUUUAUAAAUUAUACAUAUAUAUUUAUAUUAUUUAAUUUAAAUACAGACGAAUGUAAUUCAUGUCGCAAUAACUUAAGCGUAAUAUCACACUCGGUAGCUUAUUAUUAAUUUAAAAUUUUUAAAAA